AUGAUGAUUUGCUCAAAACUAGAUUUAUUUUCGUCUUAAUUCACUUUUAACGUAGGAGGAUAACACCAUAAAAAGGGAACCCUUUUUGGAUCAUUUACUUCCAUUUUAAUUGUUAUAGCAAUGGUUUCUUACUCAAUCUAUUUAUUUAGGUAAUAUGAUCUGAAUUAAAUAUAACCUAACUACAAAUCCCAAAAUUUUAUUACAGAAGAAACAAUAACAAUUGAUUUGAAUUCAGACUUAAUUGGAUUUAGAUUUGAACACAGUUUGAACAAGAGUAUUGAUAUAUUAGAAAAGGAGAAUGGUAAAACUUAUGUUGUAUUUCUUGCUUAUUUCUUAAAUUAAGAUGAGAAUGAGAAUACAAUGAUUCCGCUUGAUAUUAUAAAGUGCUCAAGUAAAAAUCUGAAAGGAUAUUAUUGCUUAGAUUUUACCAAAGUAUCAGAUAUUGCACUCACUCUUAAUUCUAAUCAAGGUGUAUUAUCUUAAAUCAAGAUCUUUACUUAUGGUUGUUUAGAUAUUGAUGCAUAAAAAAAAUAUGUUCCAGAUAAUUGCGCAAGCUAAGCAGAAAUAGAUUAUAUAAUAAAUGCAGUAGAUGGAGGUAUAAAAUUUAGAUUGUACACUUCUUAAUUUAACACAUAAACCAGAAAAAUUUAAACUAAUUAUAGAACUUUCUUUAUUUACACAAUGUAUAGUGCUUAAAUACUUUCAACUUUUAAAGCCUAAAAGUAGGUUACUUCUGUGACCUAAGGAAUGUUAAUUCAAGAUGUAGAGGCUUUUUCUUCUCCUUUAGAGUAUGAUUUGCAAAAUCAGACUUUAAGCAGAAGCGAUUGUAUAGCAUAUGCAGGUGUUAGCUAUUACAGCUAGGUAGCCUUCUUAGUUGAUGAAAUGUAUUAAGAAAUUUAAAUUUAAUAUCCAACCCUGCCCUAAGUUCUAGCUCUUGUUAACGGUGUUUUUACUCUUUUAAUGAUUUCUGGAGUUCUGUGCAGAGCUAUUUCAAAAAGAUCAAUAAAAAAAGAUUUUAUGAUGCUUUUUUUGUAAAGUAUUUAUCCAGGCUCUUACCUAAAAAUGCUAAAAUCAAUGAAUUUACAUCAAGGUAUUAGCUAAACAUUAUAAAAUAAAAAUGUAGAUUAAAUAGAAGCUAGAAAAAAAGAAGUUAAAAAAGUAGAAAAAAAGUCUAGCUUGGAUGAAAUUGAAGAGAAAAUAGAAGGCGAAACAAACAAAAUACCAUCUUUCUUUCAAAAAUAAAAAUUAUUUGGAUUUAUGAGAUAAGCUUCUAAUUAAAAAGUAAAUCAUCAUGGAUCCUGCCAAAAUUUGAACAAUGUUUCUAAUACGAUGAGUAGUUCUCCUAUAAAAUAGAAUGCAAAAAACAGUUUAAUUGUUAUGCAGCAAGAAUAAUUUUUGUUUGAGAAAUCUAAUAGAAAAUCUUAAACUAAUUUAUUGGUGGAAAAUUAAUCCUUGCCAAAUCAAUUUUAAGAUAAUUAAGAAUGUUUAAAGAAAUCAGAGUCUAAUAUUUUAUCUUUCUCUGAUAAAGCACUUUCAGUUAAUUCAAUCUAAAAAAUGUUCUCUAAUAUUAAACCUAAUUAGACUAAAGAAAUUAAUACAGAAACUAAUUAAAAUAAUUCCAAUUAGUUAUAAAAAUUCAAUUUAGUGAAUAAUUUUAAUUUUUCAGAAAAAAUUCGAAGAAUAAUUUUUGGAUACAAGUGUUGCAAUAAAAAAGAAUAUUUAAAGUCAAAGGGAAUCAAUUAGUAAAUGGUAAAACUAGUCGAAAAUCAAGUGAAUAAAGGACUUGACAUAUUAUAGGUAUAUCAAGACAUCAUUUUAUUGAAAAAAGCAAUAAUGAUGAUUUUAACAAAAGACUAGUUGGCUUCUUUGCAACUUAUUGGUUGUUCAUCUGAUUAUUUAAACUCCAAUUUAAGUCAUUGUGGCUGUUUAUCUGUUGAAGAUUAACAAAAUUUAAGCUACUACGAGUAGCAGUUUUCUAUAUCCUAAUCAUCACAGCUACAGAAUCAGCAUAUUUAGUAAUUUUUAUCAAGAUGCUAAAAUAAUUAAAGUCUAAGUGAAAUAGAUUAUAGAAUAUUUACAUCUAUAUGUAAAGAUUUUAAUGAAUGA